AUGGACAGCGCUGCACCGUAUUGUCUGUGCCGUACCCGUGCGGACAGUGCUGUACUCGGUUUUGACGGUGCUAUACCCGGCAUUGACGGUGCUGUACUCGGUAUUGACGGUGCUGUGCCCAGUAUUGAUGGUGCUGUACCCAGUAUUGACGGUGCUGUACCCGGUAUUAUGGACGGUGCUGUAUUCGGCAUUAUGGACAGUGCUGUACCCAGUAUUGAUCGUGCUGUACCCGGCAUUAUGGACGGUGCUGCACUCGGUAUGGACAGUGCUGUGCUCGGUAUUUACAGUGCUGUACUCAGUAUUGACAGUGCCGUGCUCGGUAUUUACAGUGCUGUACUCGGUAUGGACGGUGCUGUUCUCAUACCGGCGCACAAUCGUACAGAGUACUCUUUCGACUUGCACCCCAUACGGCGCACUGUACGAGUACCUGCAGCCGGGGCCCAACAGCCUCGCCUCUCUCGCUUGAGUUGUACGUUGUUGGUGAGUGACAUGUACUGUAUGAAUGAAUAA